AUGACAAAGUCGCCGGAAAAGCUCAAAGUGUUCGUUGCCACCUGCCAACAAGAAAAAUUCCCUGCAAUUGUGCUUCCCUCCGCCAAGAUGGAGGACUUACAGCGCUUCAUUUUGAGUCAAUGGACUAUUUCCAAAAGUCCGUUUGCUAAACUCCCUCUCAAAGAGCACUACUACACGUUCAAAGGCCGAAUACUUCGUCUGGAUGGAACGCUGGAUGGCUACUAUAUCCUCAAUAACGACACCAUUUAUCUACGUUUCGCGUCGCUGGGGAAGAUUUGUGAUCCAUGGGCCAUGUCGACCAGCGAGCUACGCGUUGAGCUCAAAGCACGCAACGCGUAUGAGACCAACUCACAACCGGAACAAUUGAUGCAACGCUUGCAGACUUUGGUAAUGGAAGAAAGUCGUAUGCGUCGACUACAGCAAGCCACCAGAAAAGAAGAAAUCGAGCAAGUGCAGUCGAUCACGAAGGAGCUUGCACAAUUACACAAACAGCGCGUGAAACCCCGAAAUUAUCUGACACCGAGCGAGCAUCCGAUCGAGCGUCCAUUGUCACUUGCUAAGUGGCCAAUUACUCCUUGUGCGAAUCGCACUGUGUUUCUCUCCAUUGCGGAGCUGGAGAGAACAUUUCAACUUGUUCCUCGUGACGUUUUGGAACCUGCACUGUUCAUCUUCGACACCGAGCGGAAAUGGGUUUUCGAUAAACACAACACUCUACAGAAGCAGCACUUCGACUACCGAUACAUGUGCUUUGACCAAGAUUUUCUUGAAAUGUUGACGCUCAAGGAAGAAGCUGGUAUGGUCUUCUGGUUUCGGCCGCAAAAGAGCUACGAGAAACUGUCUGCAUUCCUCACAUCUAUCGAUGACCCCGUUGCUGGAGGCAAACGCUACCAGCCUCUGAUUCUGUUGGAGACUAGGUGGCUAACACUCUGCGGUUCAAAUGGCUGGGAGGGCAAGAUCCGGCGCGACGGACGCAAGCGCGACAUGGAGCGUGUGCCGAAGUUCACGAAAAGUGUUGCGCGUGUGGUGUCCAACCUGCAGUCCGGCAGCUUUGACUACGUGGCUGUGAAGGAACUACUCUAUCAGGCCAACCCUUCGUUGAUCUUUGCGCCCUUGUAG